AACGGCUCUUCGUUUUCCCACGAACAGAUGAAUUCUGGGAAUUAAAUCAAGUUUCUAAUUUUGGAAACCCUAAUUCCAUCGAGUUUCCUCUCCUUUGAUCAUCGAGGACUCUAAUUUCUUUUUGAACUUCCUGCUCGCUCGCGAUAGGACCGUAAUCCAACUCAAACUCUCUCUGUCUCUCUAUUCUUAUCCGUCCGACGUCUGAGAAAUUUUCGAUGCAAUCAGGUUUCUCGAUUCAUGUUAGCAUCAAGGGAAUUCUCCUAGAAGUUUAGAAGUGAUCCGUUGGAAAUUGGUAGACAAGAGCGUAAUUUUCAAUGGAUCCGCCUCCGGAUCGAGCCUUAUCUUUCUUCAUGCCUCCUCCUCCUUUUGCCACUGCUACCAGCGGCAAUGUGAUCGCGUUGCGGCCACAGAACCUUGCAGACCAGCCAGAAUUCGAGGCUCCGCUUUUGACGAGACCAAGAAAUUCAGAUGAUGCCCCUCUGAAUCCACUGCGAAACAGACAACCAGUAUCAACGAUGCCUCGUCCCCCAAACCCUCAGUUCAACCCUUCUCGAAAUCCUCCAAUCAGAGGAACAAGUUGCAUGUUUUUCAAGACCCGGCUUUGCCAGAAAUUCAAAACGGGGUCUUGCCUAUGGGGGAACAACUGCAACUUUGCGCACGGGAUCGAAGAGCUCCGCCAGCCGCCACCCAAUUGGCAGGAGUUUGUUGCUGAGGAACGGGUGAAUGGUAGUGACCGACAGAGGAUGCAUAAGAAUAAGAUCUGCCGGAAGUUCUUUAACAGACAGGUCUGCCCGUACGGGGAUCGCUGCACUUUUCUCCAUGUACAACGAGAGAGCUCAGGGAUGGCCAUGGGUCCUAUGGCAGGGCCUGAUAGUGUUGGGGGAUUUAGCUCUGCAGCGGACUGCAAUGGGUCUAAUCAGAAGCCAAAGGCAAAGAUUUGUUACAAGUGGGAGACCACAGGUCAUUGCUCCUUUGGUGAGAGAUGCAUCUUUGCUCAUGGCCUUGCAGAGUUAAAGAAGUCUGGAGGCCAUGUGGAGUUAGAUGGUGGAAAAAACGGAGCAGAUCCACCGAAACCUCUUACUAAUUCUACAAAUAAUGUCCCACCAACUAAAGCAGAGUCCAGUUGUAUGCAUGAAGCUCAGCAGAAGGGUGUUUUUCCAAAGUUGGAUGAAGCUCAGCAGAAGGGUGUUUUUCCAAAGUUGGCUAAGAAACUAAGUUGCAUCUAUGCAGAUUGGAUUGAUGGCGCUCCACUCUGUUCCCCGCAUCUCCCGCAGCUCUCAAAGCAAAGCUGAAACUUGAUUUAGGGCCUAGCCAUCAGACGCUCUUUCUUUAUCAAAUACUUUUUGCUUAGUUGUGGCAUUUCACUUUUUCACUUUAUACUUUGUUUUUCUUUUGAAGUUUGAUGGCCUUCCAUAUGUUAGCAGACAACUCUCCAUGCGAAUAUUACAGCAUUGUCUUUCUCACAAAAAAAAAAGAAAAAAGAGGGAAAAAGAAAAGAAAAUACAGCAUUGUCUCUCAAUUUAGAGUCAUGAGAACCUUCAGAAUUUUUUUUCUUUUAUUUUUUUUUUUAAAUCAUCGUUUUUGUUCUCAAGAGCUAUUGAAAUGGGUAUAACUGUAUCAUUUGU